CAGCUGAAGGAAACAGAUGCUCUGGACUAUUUGAACCAAGUCAAGAGUCAGUUUGGAGACAACCCUGAGGUCUACAACAAAUUCUUGGAUAUCAUGAAGGACUUCAAAUCCCAUUCUAUCGACACCCAGAAGGUGAUUGAAAGGGUGUCGAAACUUUUCUCGGGCCAUCAAAAUUUGAUUUUGGGAUUCAACACGUUUCUUCCUCAGGGUUACAAGAUUGAAAUCCGGCAGCCGACAGCAAACAAAAAACCGACUCAAGCAGCGAAAAAAAGUGCCCCUGAAUUCGAUCAUGCUUACUCAUAUGUCUCGAAGAUCAAGCAGCGAUUUGCAAACGACCAGGAAGUCUACCAGAAAUUUUUGCAGAUCCUUCAGAGGUACAAGGAGGAAGGAUCGGCGAUUGCGCAGGUCAAGCAGCAGGUCGCUGAACUUUUUGCUGGUCAUGAUGAUUUGCUUGGAGAAUUUGGAAACUUCCUGCCAGACCCCGCAAACAAAGCAACGAAUCCGCAGAAAACUGUCAAGAAGAACAAGCCAGUUACAGUCAAGACUGAAGGCGACAAGAAUGCAGGUCAGAGCACAAUGCAGGCUACCGCCUAUGCUUCUGCGCAAUCAACGUCGCAACCACAAGAUUCUAACGCAAAGCAACAAACGAGCGCAGUAAAGUCCAAGACAGAGUCAACGAAACAGGAGCAAGGCUCGUCGCAAUCCUCGUCGUCCAAGUCUAAGAAGGUUGAGAAGAAGUCGGAGGCUGUGGAUCUACACAAAGAAGUAGCCUUGCUGGAAAAACUGAAGCAGAAACUGAUGGAGCAAGGAUCGAAUUGCUACUCGGAUUUUUUGAAGUGUGUCAGUCUCUACAUUCAAGAUGUUUUGUCUGCACAUGAGUUGGUGACAGUUCUUGAGGAUAUGAUGGUCAGCCCAGGCAUCCGCGAAAUUUUUGACGACUUGAAGGGUUUCCUGGGUAUAAGAGAAGGUUCAGGAAACAAGUAUAAGUACCACAUCCCAAUCAGCGAGAUCGAUUUCAGCAAUUGCCUUUCGGCUGGAAUCAGCUACAAGAGCCUCCCGAAGGACUACCCACUACCGGCUUGUUCUGGGAGAACAGAAUUGUGCGAAUUUGUCCUCAACGAUGAAUGGGUUUCGGUUCCAUCCGGAUCAGAAGACUUCAAUUACACUCAUUACAGGAAAAACCAGUACGAAGAGUCACUAUUCAAGUGUGAGGACGAUCGAUUCGAACUGGACAUGUUGAUUGAAGCAAAUGCUUCAACUUUGAGACUCUUGGAGCAGAUUGUGGAUGAAAAUGACAAGGAUAGGAGCCGAGCUCAGAAGCUGAAUCUGUCUUCACUCAAGGCAAUCCACUUCAAGGCGAUCGAACGAGUCUACGGAGAUUAUGGUCCGGAAAUUGUUGAACAUCUCAAGAGAGCUCCUCGUGUUGCGCUCAAUGUCGUCUUGCCGAGACUGAGGCAGAAAGAUGAUGAAUGGAGGAAAGCGCGACGAGACAUGAACAAGAUCUGGCGAGAAGUAUACAAGGACAACUACUACAAGUCGUUGGAUCAUCGCAGUUUCUACUUCAAGCAGGUAGACAAGAAG